AUGGCUCAUUUGACACAUGGCGGGCAGCGGGAUGCGAGACGGGGAGGGGGUGUUGGGUGCAGAAAGGAGAAGGCUGUUUGCGGUGGGAGGGGACGGGGUCUGCUUACUCUUGUAUUUGUUAGAGAAACAAAUGCAGAUGGCAGUGGGGAGCGGGCGAGAUGCCAGUCUAGAUAUUUAUCUUUCGCCCAGUAUCGUAGGAGCAAUCAGUCGCCGUAA